AUGGCUGCGCUCGGUACAGCACGGUGCUUAUUUCGGACCUACUCCCGGGUGAAAAAUGUUCAAAAGAGCAAGCAAAUGUUGGUCAGAUGUAGCGUCAGGGCGCUCUGUGGCGGGACACAAGAUAACGACAAAACAAAGCCCCAGUUCUCAGAUCCAGCUGUGCAGGACAUCCUCAGCAGGAUAACAGGUCUGGACCUGCAGAAAGUGUUUCGACCCAUAAAAGAGGAGCUGAAGCAGCCCACGUAUAAACUGAUGACUGACGAGCAGCUGGAGCAGGCGGUCCAGUUAGCCUCAGAACAGGCUGAGAAGCUGCUGAAGAUGCCUCCCGUCCUGCCGGAGAGGACGCCCAUCAACGAUGUGCUGUCUGAAGACAAGAUCCUGGACGGCAUGGACACCGCCAAAUACGUCUUCACAGACAUCGCCUACAACGUCCCACACAGGGAGAGGUUCAUUGUUGUACGGGAGCCCGACGGGGUCCUGAGGAAGGCCACAUGGGAGGAGCGAGACCGGCUCAUUCAGGUCUACUUCCCCAAAGAGGGACGUAAAGUCAAACCACAUCUCAUCUUCAUGGAGGAGAACCUCAAGAUGGUGUUUUCCAAGGACCGUCAUGAGGAUGUGUUGAACCUGUGUCUGGUCCAAUUUGAACCCGACUCCUCAGAAUACUUGAGGGUGCAUGCAGCCACCUAUGAGGACCUGGAGAAGCACGGCAAGUACGAGCUGCUGCGCUCCACCAGACACUUCGGAGGUCUGGCCUGGUACCUGCUCAACGCCCGCAGGGUGGACGGGCUCAUAGUGGACAUGCUGCAGAGGAAGCUGCUGCAGGACGCGGUGGGCCUGGUGUCUCUGUUCCACAUGCUCCACCCCCACAGCGAGUCGGCGCAGGAAGCUGCCAGCCAGCAGGCCGCCGGCGCCGACCUGCUUAAGAUCUAUGCCCAGAAGGAGUCCCAGAGGUCGGGCUACAUCGAGCUGGCGCUGCAGGCUUUCGAACAGACUUCUGCAGAGAGCUCUGCUGCCUGACUGGCCCGUUCCUAGAUAGAAAUAUAUGAGUUUACCCACCAUGAGAACCUGUAACCAGAGGAAAAUAAUGAAAACUGUGUCCCAUGUGUAAAAUACAGCUUUGUUCUUUCACCACUUGGGGUCCAAGAAUAAAAUAAAAGCUCUCUGACUGAAAGGAAAGCUUCACACUUCACAGCCAUCGCCCUGAAGGAUUGAAGAAAUCUAUCCAUAGAGAGGAAUCGUCACAAAACUCUGUUAUUGUCUGUGUAUUUCAUUUGGAGUCAAACCUGGUGUGUUAAGUCUAAUCUAAUGUACAGAACAAAAUAAAGAUCUUUGUACUUGUA